UUACAAGUUUCAGCUUGUCCUUGAGAAGAGCUGGUCGAAUUGGCUAAGGAAAUCACUUUGCUUCCAAAGGCAUUUGCAUCCUCUGCUUCAUUUGCCUGUCUAAGGACUCAGCAUAGAAGAUCUUGCUUUUCUCCAAGUCGGACAAUCAUCCCCAAAUCCUAAGAAAAUGAACUUCUUUCUCUGUGGUUCGACGACAAGAAUGAAUGCAACUGCAAACCUCCUUCGGGAGACCACAUCCAACAGCUCCUCAGAUAUGAAUGAAGCUUCUUUGUACUACUUGCUGGAGGAAUGGGCUCUCAACCCACAAGACACAAACAUGAAGAUGUUUUUAAUUCCUCCAGUUGUCUGCCUCGUGGCAGGUGUCCUCAUUAUUCCUUCCAUCUUGUUUGUGAUCUUCUCUAGGUUUAGCAUCAGAAAGGAAACGAGGUACAUGCUGCUGGGGAAUGCUUUGCUUUGUGAUCUGAUAUACCUUUUGUUCUACACGCUGUCAGCUACUCUCAGCGCAGCACACGUAAGUCUCCCAAAGGAAGCCUGUGUUCUCCAGUUAUUUCUGCUGGCAGUGGCUUACUGCGGGGGACUGUUCACAGCUGCUGCCAUAGUCUUGGACACGUACAUAGCUAUUUUGUUUCCUUUGCGCUACGUUACUAUUUUGCCUUCUUCACGAACAAAAAAAGUGAUUGUAUUGCUAUGGAUCUGUUCGGGGGUUCUCCCUGGGAUUUUCUUCUUGGUGCUAUCCAGCACUCACAACUUUGUGCCCUGUGUCCUGGAAAUGUGCUCAAUUCCACUAAUAAUAAUAUUAACUCUGAGUGGGACUGAUGCUGUGAAACUCUGUUUCUGGCUGUCUGCUACGGUUAUCUUUCUCUUCCUGUCUCUAAUAUUUUGUUGCUAUGCUAUUCUUUAUUUUAAAACCAGGCAAUCAGGUAUAUGGGAGAGCAUCUGUUCCAGAGCCAGUGUGACAUUCUUAAUGCACAACACUGUGUUGUUCUUUUAUUUCUCUCCAUUCUUGGUUCUUUUUGUAGAAUCAUUCUUGUACGUUAACGUUGUCAUUGGACUGGAGACAGGAAUCUGGGUCUCCCUGACAAUCUGCAAUGUCCUGAUGAUUCUGCCUAAAGUUUUGUUCCCUUUUCUAUAUGGACUUCGAUACAGAGAGAUCUCAGCAUCUCUCAAAUCCAUUGUCAGAGGGAAGCAUCUUCACCUAGUGUCACCUGCUCCAUCACCAUCCUGAGGCAACGCAGAGGACAGCUACAACAGAAGAGCUGUCCUUAACUUGUUAGCGUGCAAGCCUGGUGGAAAUCACUCGGCUUCUUUUGCAAGUGUGAGAUGUGGGCUGAUCACUCUGCCUCCUUGGUGCCAGAAGGGCACAAGUCUUUCAUCACAUCACAGUUGGGAUUACAGCAGAUAUUGCCCUGGACAAAAUUCUACGCUUUGUUGUGAUGUGGGAGGGCAGCGUAUUUUGGAGGACAUGGUGAGUCAGGAUCAUUUCCAUCCAUCCAUGGCAGAUGUCUUCCUGGAAAAUAGAAAAUGAAAAAUAGAUGGUGCAAAGCAAAUGGGUGCAGAGCAAAGGGGGUAACCGCAGGUCUCUUGGCAGCACUGCCUACAGGAGACAGGGUUCUUAACCGAACAAACGUACUGUGAGCAGAGCAGCUAUUUUUUUCAUUCAUGGUGUAUUUGUGCAAGGUUAGUAGCCACUGUUCUGUUCUGUAACACGUCAUGAAAGAUGCCUCUGGAAACUGCCGUACUCAGUGAAACACUGUGCUUCACCUCAGGCAGUGUGUUAGUGUACUCUCUGCCUUAUGGUUUCUGUCUGACAAUGUGCAAAACACUGUGUUUUUGUGAAAUCUCAGUUUGAUGGGAAGUCAUCUUUGAUCAGUGUCUGUCGGGCAGCUUGGUGAGGAAAGAUGAGCAGGAGCAGCAGGUGG